CCUGGUGUGAUUGUCGGGGGAUCGCAACGCUGCAUCAAAGAUGGCUUAUUAUCAACCAACAUUUUGUCCAUUUAGGAAUAAUAUUGUGAAAGAAUAAGAGAUAUCUUGCACGAAGAGAAGGCGGAGAGCCGGUGGUAGCUGUCGCGAGCAGUGUUAACACUCUCGUCGCACUACGCACCGCUUGCUCUCUCCGUGCGCUAACUUGUCCCCACUGUGCUAGCUAGUUAGCUCACAUAGUAAAUAUUAGCUAGCCUAGCUACCGUUAGCUUCCUUACUGUUGAUUGCUAAAAUGGCCACCAUGGAGAAAUUGAUGAAGGCCUUUGAGUCUCUGAAGUCAUUCCAGCAGCAACAGGGACCACCAACCGCCGAGGAGCUUGUCCAGAGGCAGAAAAAAGAACAGGCUACCACAAAGAAGGAUAGGGUCACCCACUGCCUGACAAUAUGUGAAAACAUAGUGGCUCAAUCUCUGAGAACAUCUCCAGAGUUUCAGAAACUGCUGGGCAUCGCCAUGGAGAUGUUCCUGCUCUGCAGCGAUGACAGCGAAUCAGAUGUCCGGAUGGUAGCCGAUGAGUGCCUGAACAAAAUCAUCAAAGCACUGAUGGACUCCAACCUACCUAGGCUGCAGCUGGAGCUAUACAAAGAAAUUAAAAAGAACGGUGCCUCUCGGAGUCUGAGGGCGGCUUUGUGGAGGUUUGCUGAGCUCGCUCACCUCAUCAGACCACAGAAAUGCAGACCCUACCUGGUCAACCUGUUGCCAUGCCUCAGCCGAAUCACCAAGCGACAGGAGGAGACAGUACAGGAGACUCUGGCUGCUGCAAUGCCCAAGAUCAUGGCCGCCUUGGGACACUUCGCCAAUGAUGGCGAGAUCAAGGUGCUGCUGAAGUCAUUCGUGGCCAACCUGAAGUCCAGCUCCCCCACCAUCAGACGGACAGCAGCCAGCUCAGCCGUCAGCGUGUGCCAACACUCCAGACGCACCAGCUACUUCUACACCUGGCUCCUUAAUGUGCUGCUGGGUCUUCUGGUUCCAGUGGAUGAGGAGCACCCCAGCCACCUAAUUCUGGGUGUGCUGUUAACCCUUCGCUACCUGAUGCCUCUGCUGCAGCAGCAAGUCAACACCACCAGCCUCAAAGGAAGCUUUGGAGUCAUGAGGAAGGAGGCUGAUGUACAGCCAACACCUGAACAACUGCUACAGGUGUACGAGCUGACCUUACACUACACACAGCACUGGGAUCACAAUGUAGUCACGGCGGCUCUGGAGCUCCUGCAGCAGAUGUUCAGGACUCCCCCGCCAGAGCUGCUGCAUAUGCUCAUCACCGCAGGCAGCAUCGCACGCGGCACUGUAUUCCGCCAGGACACCGAGAGCCGUGCACGCUCCGGUAGCAUCCUCGAGCUCAUUGCGGGGGGAGGGUCUUCCUGCAGUCCACUCAUUCUCAGGAAACAGAGAGGUAAAAUGCUCUCUGGGGAGGAGGAUGGGUUGGAGGACGACGCUGAGAGAACAGAGGUCACCACUGGUGCCUUCACAGCAUCGGUCGUUGGUGCAGAAGGCUCCACGGCGGCCCAGGUUGACAUCAUCACCGAGCAGCCGCGCUCCUCCCAGCACACCCUGCAGCCUGGCGACUCUGUGGACCUCAGUGCCUCUUCAGAGCAGGGCGGCGGCGGGGGUGGAACAUCUGCAUCCGAUACGCCUGAGUCACCCAACGACAACGAGGAGGAAAUGUUGAGUCGGAGCUCCAGCGGCGGGGCCAACAUUACUCCAGAGACGGCUGACUACACCACACCAGAGAAUGCCACACCGGAGGGAGGACCCUUAGGAGAAGGCGGGACUCUGCUAAGCACUAAUGACCGCUCACUUCCACCCAGCGACUCCUCGCAGACCACCACAGAGGGACCAGAUUCAGCUGUCACCCCUUCAGAUGUAGCAGAACUGGUGCUGGAUGGCAGUGAGAGCCAGUACUCUGGGAUGCAGAUCGGGACGUUACAGGACGAAGAAGACGAAGGAGCAGCACCUGCCUCCCAAGAAGAACCUCCAGAACCCUUCCUGCAGUCAGCGCUGGCUCUGAGCAAGCCUCAUCUGUUCGAAGGCCGAGGUCACAACCGGCAGGGUUCAGACAGCAGCGUGGACCGCUUCAUACCAAAGGACGAACCCGCUGAACCCGAACCUGACAACAAGCCAUCUCGGAUAAAGGGUCCGAUCGGGCAUUAUACAGACCAAGGGGCCGAGCCGCUGGUGCACUGUGUACGGCUUCUUGCUGCUUCCUUCUUGCUGACAGGACAAAAAAAUGGUCUGACCCCUGAUAAGGAGGUGCGAGUGAGCGUGAAGGCUCUGGCACUCAGCUGUGUCGGGGCGGCAGCAGCACUGCAUCCUGAAGCCUUCUUUAAUUCCCUCUACCUGGAGCCGCUGGACGGCAUUCCAGUAGAAGAGCAGCAGUAUAUCAGUGACAUCCUGGGCUUCAUUGACCAUGGGGACCCCCAGAUCAGAGGAGCCACUGCCAUCCUCUGUGCAGCCAUCAUACAAGCUGCACUCACCAAAACACGUUACAACAUUCACACCUGGCUGGCCAGUGUGCAGAGUGCAACAGGUAACCCCCUGUCCCUGGUGGACUUGGUGCCUUUGCUCCAAAAAACUCUGAAAGAUGAAUCAUCUGUCACCUGUAAGAUGGCUUGCUCUGCAGUGAGGCACUGCCUCAUGACUGUGUGUAGCAGUACGUUGAGUGAGCUCGGCCUGCAGUUGUUGAUAAACCUUCUCGCUUUGAGGGACUCCUCCUAUUGGCUUGUUCGCACUGAGCUCUUGGAGACCCUGGCUGAGAUGGACUUCCGGUUAGUACAUUUCCUCGAGAGGAAAACGGAGACUUUGCACAAAGGGGAUCAUCACUACACUGGGCGGCUGCAGCUGCAGGACAGAGUCCUGAACGAUGUGGUCAUCUGUUUGUUGGGAGAUGAUGACCCCAGAGUCCGGCAUGUAGCAGCCUCUGCUGUCAGCAGGCUGGUUCCCAGGUUGUUCUAUGACUGUGACCAAGGUCAAGUGGACCCAGUAGUGGCAAUCGCCCGAGACCAGAGUUCAGUCUAUUUGCAGUUGCUGAUGCAUGAGACACAACCCCCCUCCCAGUUCACAGUUAGUACAAUCACAAGGACAUACAGAGGCUACAACUUGUCCAACAAUGUGUCUGAUGUCACAAUCGAGAACAAUUUGUCCAGAGUCGUUACUGCUGUCUCCCAUGCUUUCACCUCCUCUACCUCCAGAGCCCUGACGUUCGGCUGCUGUGAGGCCUUGUGCCUCCUGGCUUCAAAUUUUCCCGUGUGCAAUUGGAGCACAGGCUGGCACUGUGGCUAUGUUAGCUCCAGUAGCAGCUUUUCUUCCCGCUCUAGUCUCAACCGCAGCAGGGGCAGGGCCCUCAGUGUGUCACAGCCCAGCAGUGCUCCAGCCUCUUCAACCACCUCCUCGUCUGCACCAGAGACUGAGCGGAGGACUCUGACAGUGGGAAUGGCUAACAUGGUCCUUUCCUUACUCUCCUCCGCCUGGUUUCCACUGGAUCUCUCUUCACACCAGGAUGCACUUUUGCUCUCUGGCAAUUUGAUCGCUGCUGUGGCUCCUAAAUGCAUGCGCAACCCGUGGGCUGGAGAGGAGGAAGGCAGCAGUGGUAGCACCAACACCAGUGGAGGCCCAAAUAAGAUGGAGGAACCCUGGGCAGGGCUGUCAGAGCGCUCCCUAGUGGCCAUGGUGGAGCAAGUCUUUUCUCACCUACUAAAGAUCCUCAACAUCUGUGCCCAUGUGCUAGAGGACACACCACCUGGACCGGCAGUUAAGGCUACCCUCCCCUCCCUGAGCAACACCCCCUCCCUCAGUCCCAUUCGGAGAAAAGGCAAGGAGAAGGAUACCACUGAGCCCAGUGCUGCACCUAUGAGCCCAAAGAAAAGCAAUGAGGUCAACACAGCCAGGCCAGCAGAGAGCACUGGGUCAACAACCGUUAACAAAUCUACCACCCUUGGCAACUUCUACCACCUGCCACCCUACCUCAAGCUCUACGAUGUCCUCAAAGCUACACAUGCCAACUACAAGGUGACGCUGGACCUCCACAGCAACCAGGAGAAGUUUGGAAGUUUCCUGCGUUCCACUCUUGAUGUUCUGUCACAGCUCCUGGAGCUGGCCACACUACAUGACAUCAGCAAGUGUGUGGAGGAAAUCUUGGGCUACCUCAAAUCCUGCUUCUCCAGAGAACCAACCAUGGCUACUGUGUGUGUACAACAGCUGCUGAAGACCCUGUUUGGCACCAACCUGGCCUCUCAAUAUGAGGGUUACCUGAGUGGACCAAGCCGUUCCCAGGGCAAGGCUCUCCGUCUUGGCUCGUCCAGCCUGAGACCGGGCCUUUACCACUACUGCUUCAUGGCACCGUACACUCACUUCACCCAGGCUCUCGCUGAUGCCAGUCUCCGGAACAUGGUGCAGGCUGAACAGGAGCAGGACACCUCUGGAUGGUUUGAUGUAAUGCAAAAGGCUUCGAACCAGCUGAGGUCCAAUAUUGCAAAUGCAACACGGCACAGAGGAGACAAGAACGCAAUCCACAACCACAUUCGUCUGUUUGAGCCGCUGGUGAUCAAAGCUUUGAAGCAGUACACUACCAGCACCUCUGUGGCCCUGCAGAGACAAGUACUGGACCUGCUCGCCCAACUUGUGCAGCUCAGAGUCAACUACUGCUUGCUGGACUCAGAUCAGGUGUUCAUAGGCUUUGUCCUGAAGCAGUUUGAGUACAUUGAGGUUGGACAGUUCAGAGAUUCGGAGGCCAUCAUUCCCAACAUCUUUUUCUUCUUGGUGCUGCUGUCUUAUGAGCGUUACCACUCCAAGCAGAUAAUCAGCAUCCCCAAGAUCAUCCAGCUGUGUGAUGGCAUCAUGGCGAGCGGCAGGAAAGCUGUCACACACGCCAUCCCAGCCUUGCAGCCAAUUGUCCAUGACCUGUUUGUGUUGAGGGGCUCAAACAAAGCAGAUGCAGGCAAAGAGUUAGAUACCCAGAAAGAAGUGGUGGUGUCCAUGCUGCUCAGACUUGUGCAAUACCAUCAGGUGUUGGAGAUGUUCAUUCUUGUACUGCAGCAGUGUCACAAAGAGAAUGAGGACAAGUGGAAGAGAUUGUCCAGACAGAUCGCUGACGUCAUACUUCCAAUGAUUGCUAAGCAGCAGAUGCACCUAGACUCUCCAGAGGCGUUGGGAGUGUUGAACACUCUCUUUGAGACUGUGGCGCCCUCCUCUCUCCGACCUGUAGACAUGCUGCUCAAGAGUAUGUUUACCACCCCGGCCACCAUGGCAUCAGUAGCUACAGUCCAGCUGUGGGUGUCUGGCAUCCUGGCGGUGCUCAGGGUACUCGUCUCCCAGUCCACUGAGGACAUUGUCCUGUCGCGGGUCCAUGAGCUGUCCCUCACCCCACAUCUCCUCUCCUGCCAUACAAUCCGUCGCCUGCAUCAGCAGAGCCCAUCCCCAAGUGACCCUCCCCCUGCUGACACUCUAGGUAACCAGGAACCUAAUGGUGAGGCCCAAAAAGCCCUGCCUGAGGAAACCUUUGCCAGGUUCCUGCUGCAGCUGGUAGGAGUGUUGCUGGAUGACAUUUCCUCCAGACAGGUUAAAGUGGACAUUACAGAGCAGCAACACACCUUUUACUGCCAGCAGCUGGGCACACUGCUCAUGUGCCUCAUACAUGUCUUCAAAAGUGGAAUGUUUCGCAGGAUCACAGCUGCAGCUAGCCGUCUCCUGAAGGGCGAGGGUGGAGGUGGACAGACAGGCACUGAGGCUGGCCUGUUUUACCCCUUGGAAGGCCUGAACAGCAUGGUGCAGUGUCUGAUCACCACCCACCCCUCCCUGGUGUUGCUGUGGUGCCAGGUCCUCCUCAUCAUCGACUACACCAACUACUCUUGGUGGGCUGAGGUGCACCAGACACCCAAGAGACAUAGCCUCUCUUGCACAAAGCUGUUGAGCCCUCACUCCUCUGGGGAAGGAGAAGAGGACAAGCCUGAGACUCGGUUAGCCAUGGUCAACCGAGAGAUCGUACGCAGGGGGGCCCUCAUCCUUUUCUGUGACUAUGUGUGUCAGAACCUUCAUGACUCAGAGCAUCUGACCUGGCUGAUAGUCAACCAUGUGCGUGACCUCAUCAGCCUGUCCCAUGAGCCUCCAGUGCAGGAUUUCAUCAGCGCUGUGCACCGCAACUCAGCUGCCAGUGGUCUCUUUAUCCAGGCCAUCCAGUCCCGCUGUGACAACCUCAGCACUCCUACCAUGUUGAAGAAGACACUGCAGUGUUUGGAAGGCAUCCACCUGAGUCAGUCCGGCUCCCUGCUGAUGCUGUAUGUGGACAAGCUGCUCAGUACACCCUUCAGGGUUCUGGCCCGCAUGGUCGACACACUGGCGUGUCGCAGGGUAGAGAUGCUACUGGCUGAGACACUACAGAACAGUAUAGCUCAGCUGCCUGUGGAGGAACUGGACAGGAUACAGGAAUACCUUCAGACCAGUGGCCUGGCUCAGAGGCAUCAGAGGUUCUACUCCCUGCUGGACAGGUUCAGAGCCACUGUUGCGGACACCAGCAGCCCCACACCUCCUGUGACAUCACACCCCUUGGAUGGGGAUCCACCACCAGCCCCUGAGCUCGUCAUUGCAGAUAAGGAGUGGUACGUGGCUCUGGUGAAGUCUCAGUGUUGUCUUCGUGGAGAUGUUUCGCUGCUGGAGACAACAGAACUCCUCACCAAACUUCCUCCCACUGAUCUCUUUAACACCAUGAGCUGCAAGGACUUCAACCUAAGCCUGCUGUGUCCAUGCCUAAGUAUGGGGAUGCAGCGGUUAGCACGGGGUCAGGGGUCACUCUUGUUGGAGACAGCCUUGCAGGUGACCCUAGAACGGCUUGCGGGAGUCACCGGCUCCCUCCCUUCCCCACACCAGUCCUUCCUGCCACCCGCCCAGCCACCGCCAUAUUGGAAGCAACUAGCUGACGUGUAUGAUGAGCCAGGUUUCUACUCCAGGGUUCUGUCGCUCUGCAGAGCUCUGUCCCAGUACCUGCUGAAUGUGAGCCAGCUGCCUUCCUCACUACAUAUUCCCUCUGACAAGGAGCACCUCAUCACCACUUUCACUUGUACUGCAACUGAGGUGGUGGUGUGGCGUCUCCUCCAGAACAAGUUGCCCCUGAGUGUGGACCUGCAAUGGGCUCUGUCCUGUCUGUGUCUGGCCCUGCAGCAGCCCUGCGUCUGGAACAAGCUCUCCACCCAAGAGUACACCACACACACCUGCUCCCUUAUCUACUGCCUACGCCUCAUCAUUGUUGCAGUGGCUGUGAGUCCUGGUGACCAGCUUCUGCAUCCAGAGAAGAAAAAGACAAAGGCAGAAAGAGACGCUGAAGGAGAUGAAGUGGACUCGCCGCAUGCUGACCACAUGUGCGAGUGGCAAGCAUGUGAGAUCAUGGCAGAGCUUGUGGAAGGCCUGCAGAGCAUCCUUGCCCUGGGUCACCAUAGAAACAGUGCAUUCCCUGCUUUCCUCACACCAACCUUGCGCAACAUUGUCAUCAGUCUGUCCCGACUGCCUCUGGUCAACAGCUACACCCGAGUACCUCCACUGGUUUGGAAACUGGGCUGGUCCCCUCAGCCAGGAGGAGAGUACGGCACAACGCUGCCCGAGAUCCCUGUGGACUUCCUGCAGGAAAAGGAUGUCUUCAGAGAGUUCCUCUAUCGCAUCAACACACUGGGCUGGAGCAGCAGGACUCAGUUUGAGGAGACCUGGGCCACACUGUUGGGGGUGCUGGUCACCCAACCCAUCACUAUGGACCAGGAGGAGGAGACACAGCAGGAGGAGGACUUGGAGCGUACCCAGUUGAAUGUGUUAGCAGUGCAGGCCAUCACCAGCCUGGUGCUGAGUGCCAUGACCCUGCCCACUGCUGGCAACCCUGCAGUCAGCUGUCUGGAACAGCAGCCCCGCAACAAGAGCCUCAAAGCCCUGGAAACACGGUUUGGAAGGAAACUUGCAGUGAUCAGGGGCGAGGUGGAGAGAGAGAUUCAGGCUCUUGUGUCGAAGAGAGACAAUGUCCACACACACCACCCGUACCACGCCUGGGACCCUGUACCCUCGUUGUCGGCAGCCUCAGCUGCAGGCACGCUGAUCAGCCAUGAGAAGCUGCUGCUUCAGAUCAACACAGAGAGGGAGAUGGGCAACAUGGACUACAAACUGGGACAGGUCUCCAUCCACUCAGUGUGGCUAGGUAACAACAUCACCCCACUGAGAGAAGAAGAAUGGGGUGAAGAUGAAGAAGAUGAAGCAGACACUCCAGCCCCCACCUCUCCACCCUUAUCUCCCAUCAACUCAAGGAAGCAUCGUGCAGGUGUGGACAUUCACUCAUGUUCCCAGUUUCUUCUGGAGCUCUACAGCCAGUGGCUGAUCCCUGGCUCCCCGAGUAACAGGAGGACCCCGACCAUACUUGUCAGUGAAGUGGUCCGAUCGCUGCUGGCAGUGUCGGACCUCUUCACAGAAAGGAACCAGUUUGACAUGAUGUUCUCCACCCUGAUGGAACUGCAGAAGCUCCACCCGCCAGAGGACGAGAUCCUCAAUCAGUACCUGGUGCCUGCCAUCUGCAAAGCUGCUGCUGUACUGGGCAUGGACAAAGCGAUAGCGGAGCCUGUGUGUCGCCUGCUGGAGACGACCCUGCGCAGCACACACCUGCCCAGCCGCAUGGGGGCUCUGCAUGGAGUGCUGUAUGUGUUGGAGUGUGACCUGCUGGACGACACAGCCAAACAGCUCAUCCCCACUGUCUCUGAGUACCUGCUGUCCAACCUCAGGGCUAUUGCUCACUGUGUGAACCUGCAUAACCAGCAGCAUGUGUUGGUGAUGUGCGCAGUGGCCUUCUACAUGAUGGAGAACUAUCCUCUGGAUGUAGGAGCUGAGUUUAUGGCUGGAAUUAUACAGCUGUGUGGCGUGAUGGUGUCGGCCAGCGAGGACUCCACUCCCUCCGUCAUCUAUCACUGCGUGCUGCGCGGUCUGGAGCGCCUCCUGUUGUCAGAGCAGUUGUCACGUGUGGACGGAGAAGCGCUGGUCAAACUCAGCGUGGACAGAGUCAACAUGCCGUCGCCACACAGAGCCAUGGCCGCCCUGGGCCUCAUGCUCACCUGCAUGUACACUGCGGUGCUUGCGUCGGGUUCCGACGUGACAGGGGUUAGAGGUCAGGUUGACUCUGGCUCUGCCGCAGCAGAGGCGAUGGGCGUCACGGCAGGUCAUGUUGGUUUCUCCUCAGGCAAGGAGAAAGCCAGCCCUGCCACUCGCCCCGCCCACUCUGACCCUCAGGCUCCAGACAGCGAGUCGAUCAUUGUUGCCAUGGAGAGGGUCUCUGUGCUCUUUGACAGGAUCCGGAAAGGUUUACCCAGCGAGGCUCGGGUGGUGUCCAGGAUUCUGCCCCAGUUUCUGGACGACUUCUUCCCCCCACAGGACGUCAUGAACAAGGUCAUCGGAGAGUUCCUGUCCAAUCAGCAACCUUACCCACAAUUCAUGGCCACUGUCGUCUACAAGGUUUUCCAGACACUCCAUGCCACAGGCCAGUCUUCCAUGGUGCGAGACUGGGUGCUGCUGUCGUUGUCCAACUUCACUCAGAGGACACCAGUGGCCAUGGCCAUGUGGAGCCUCUCCUGUUUCUUUGUUUCGGCUUCCACGUCCCAGUGGAUCUCAGCCCUACUGCCACACGUGAUCAGCCGUAUGGGCUCCAGUGAGGUGGUGGACGUCAAUCUGUUCUGCCUGGUGGCCAUGGAUUUCUACCGGCACCAGAUUGACGAGGAGCUGGACCGCAGAGCUUUCCAGUCUGUCUUUGAGACUGUGGCCUCACCAGGCAGCCCUUAUUACCAGCUGCUGGGCUGUCUGCAGUCAAUCCACCAGGACACAUCGCUCUGAGGGCCAUGGAUGAGACGGACAUGAAGGCAGAGAGAGAGAGAGAGAGAGAGGCCGGGGGGAAUGAAGCACGGGGAGAGAAGUGGAUUAGAGUGAGAAAUGUGGUAGGGCGAGAAAUUAGAUCUCCACGUACGUCUCCCCCUUGAGUUGCGACAGAGGGGAAGAACAGAAUGUGUCAUUAGAAAAAUCUACUGUAGCCUCAUCCCUUUCCCUCCUUUACACUGAUGUGAGUACAACUACUGAAUGAUGAAUUCAGUGGGGUGAGCUUCAUACCAAGACUACGAAGGACACUGGCUGCAAAACCUCCAAACUGAGGUUCUCCCUACGACCACAUUCCCCCCCACAGACCAUUCCUCCAGGCGAAUGACAGCACCUUCAGCACCUCCUACCCAGCACCUUGAUUAAAACCACAUAAAAAAAAAAUAACACCAAUCAAACACAAAAUUGGAUUUGUUUAUUUUCCUGUGAGGACUUGCUUGAGUAUUGUGAUGUCAGUAAAGUAAAAUAGAGAAAAAAAAAAUAGAAAAUGCAAAGUAUUUACUAUAUUUAAAGUUUCAAUGCAUCUAUUUUUCAGUGCGUUUUGUUAAAGAGUGCUACAGGUCUGGUUAGGACACUGACAAUGGGCUGACACAUAAGGGUCGAAAAUGCCUGCUUAAUGUUGUGAAUUAGUAUCUUUGAAGACCUUUUUUAUAUUUAAGUUACUUGUGGUCGUUCUCUGACACACAUGAGUCAAACAGUAAAUAUUUUAUGUGUAAGAAUGAUCACUAAUAGCCAUAUAUAGUUUUUUUCCCCCAAUGACAAAGAAGCAGGGGAUGGAUUUUGUGAUUUGUGGCUGCAGAAAGGGCAACUUGAUUGCACUCAUUACAGCAAGUUGCUUCAAUUUCUGUGUCUGUGCAGUGGCCUGUUCUGGAUGUUAAUUUGAGUGGACAAAAAUUAGACGGGUAUAUGCUGGGAAGUGUAAAAAAAAACAAAACAUAAUACAUACUUUUAACUGUCAAAGGGCCCGUAUACCAACAUGUGAGACGGUGUAAACUGUCAAGCAAGAAAAAAUACCAAAAUUGCAGUGAUGUUGUCUUCUCUUUUUUAACCAGUAGCAGAGGGAAACAUUUCCUCUUAUUAUUUUUAUCACAGUCCUUAUCUGUCUAGUCCUUUUUUAAAAACUUGCAUUCAAGUCUCGUACGCUCUCCCGUGCACCUGAACGAUUCCACCUUUCGAUUUCUUGUACUUUUUUUAAUUCUCAGGAUGUAAGAUGUGACUAUUGUUGUAAUAAGACUGGAAGUCAUUUGCAGUCAUCUUUAAAUGGAGUUCGUAUCUUGUAAAAAAAAAAAAAAAAAAAAGUAACUGUAAAGUAAUAUGAAAGCCAUGGUGCAUGAUAAAAUAAGAACUGUGUAAAGAUGAGAGAUUCUCAAUAGACAGUAAGAUAAUGUGAUUUCUUCUCAGUCUGUCUGUCUACACACAUACACACGAUCAGAAAAUGAGAAAUCAGUGACUCAGCAGACCGCAGAAUGCAGAAAGCUCCGAGCUUAUAGUAUUUUAUUGAAGACUUGACCUUGAGUUGCCUGGGAGUGUGCUGGGCGGCUUUACUCUGUACAUACACUUGCCUUAGAUAAAGACUGAAUAUAUGUAUGUCCUGUACACUGAAAGCUUGAAAGCAUGCUUAGCAUUACUGCUAUUUUUCUUGCAUAGUCCUUAAUACUGUAUUUCCGUGGGUACAGUUGCCAUGACUGUUGUGUGGGAGAGAUGCAACACAAUCCAAAGGGAGCCUUGUAACCUUAGCGACCAACAGCAGCUUUGACAAAUCAACAGAUGAGGAAGUGUAGCGUAGUGAUGCCACGUGACAGGAGUUUGGUUGUUUUUUUGUUUUUUUUGAGCUUUAAGUAUUUUGUCUCGGUUAAAGAUUGAUAAAUAUUUCAUCGUUCAUUGUGUUUGUGCAGAAUAUUAAACACACCUAGCACUUAAAAACACUUGAAGUUCCUCUCAUGUUGCUGUUAGGCGCUUUCUUGAUAUGCAAUGAGUCCUGCAGUACAUAAAAGUAAAAACAUCACAGUGAUUUGUAUGCUAAAUAUGUCACCACUUUCCAACCUUCAGAGCAAUGUGACUAGCUUCUUUUUGAUCAUGUUAAAGAUAAUGCAUUCACACAAUAAAUGACUGCAGCUGUCAUUAAAAUUCCAUUGUGAGGCCUCCCUUUAGCAGAUAAAUGAGCCUAAAUGAGUCCUGCUUUUCUCAGAAGAUCAACAGCAUUUUCUAAGUCAGUGUGUGUAGUGAAAAAAAAAGAGGAUGAAAAAAAGCUUUUCUGCGCAACUGUUCAAGGAAAUAAUUCAAAAACAGGACAGAAAAAAAUCUUUUCAUGUCGGCUUAGUAUCUUCUCCAGGCAGAAGGAGAGCAAGAGACUGACUGGGGCCCCCUGCAGGGGGUAAUACGAUUACCCAGAAAUCUUUUGUGGUUUGGAGAGGUGGGCGUGGAGGUCAUGGACAAAGGUCAUGUUCAACAGAUUUAACAUGCUUCCCUUGAAGACUUCAUUUUUUCUUCCACUUUAAGAAUCAGCAACUCAGAAUAUAUUCCUUCUUUGCCGAUUUGAGAAUCACUGCGGUUACAUUUUCUCUUACAUGCCCUAUAACAUCGACUGUGUUUGCAAUUAGCAUCUUGGCUUCUAAAGAAUACCUCUUUUUUUCUCCUCUCUAGAAAACAGUCGCCACAGCUGUGAUUUAUAUGCGAUUCUGAAGGUGGUUAUAGAAGACGUACAGACUGCACAUGAUGUGAUUCCCCUUUAUCUAGAUUCUGGAUCCUGAACAGGACCAUGGAGCCUCUGUCAUAUUUUUGGUUUUGUUUUUUCCUUUUUUACAAUUGCCUGUAAAAAAUGAAGAGAUUGUGUAUUUCAGUUCAUUUUAAUAUUUUAAAGAGAUUAAUCACUGCAUAUGGUCUGUUGUAGAAAUGAAUAAAUUAUUUAAAGAUGUUAAA